CUUCCACUCUAACCACCAUUACAUAUUCAUUCCACAAAAAAAAGCAGAAAAUCAUAUUUUAAGAAAAAUGAUGCAAAAUAUGCAGUACUUGAUGUGGAUGAAGAACAAACAGUUGGUGAUGAUGAAUUCACAGUUUCAGGCAUCAUCUUGGGAAGAACAAGCAUUUGCGGAGGAUGCAGCUGGCCCACUUGGAGGUUUUGUAUGGCCACCAAGAUCUUACUCUUGCACUUUUUGUAAAAGGGAAUUCAGGUCUGCUCAAGCCCUAGGUGGUCAUAUGAAUGUCCAUCGCAGGGAUAGAGCUAGGCUCAAGCAAUCCCUUUGUAAUGAAAAUGCUACAACUGAUCAAGAUUCAUCAACAUCACCUCAUCAUCAAGGCUCUGAUGAUCAUUUAAGGGUUUCUUUGCCUCUUUCAUCAUCGUCAUCAUCUACUAAUGGUUCUAGGGAAAAUACCAGUGAGUUUGAAGCCUUUAAUAAUAUCUCAAGGUUUCCCCAUACUUCUUCUUCUUCUUCUCCUGGCCAUCAAUCCAAUUUUAGAACUAGGAUUCAUGAUGAUGAUGCUGUUGAAACAGACUUAUCUGUGGGUCUAAAAUGUCCCCAGAGACAUGAUGAGAUGACAAUAAACUCCAAGCGGCUGAAGAGAAGUAGUGCAUCAUUUUCAUUCUACCACAAAGCAUGUUCAAGUGAGAGAUUCCCAUUCCAGUAUUCAACCUCUAUGGAUGACAUAGAUCUUGAAUUGAGGCUUGGAAGUGCCCCAACAGUGAAAUAG